GUGAGCAGAAGAAAACAAAAACAUAAAAAAUGUGUAAUUAUUCCAAACUUUUGACCAUUACUGUAAAACAACCCAUCUUCCGUGAAGACAGGGUUACAAAAAGUGCGUUACUCACCGGAGUUCAGCUGAAAAGGCAGAGCAAAUUCUGAUUAUUAUAAUAACACACACUAAUGAAUCCCUGACAAUAAGAGCAGGAGGACUGCACCAUAAGCCGUCUCUGGCAUGUUUAGUGUGUGUGGGACAGUAAUGCCGCUGACAGAGCUCUUAUCCUGCUGCCACGGCCAUUGCCUUUUUAGGAGACACCUGAUCGCAGCCCAGAGCCGCCACACAAAGAGCCGCUGAUAACGUCUGGAGCGAGUUCAGAUGAUGAACCUCCGUCACACAGAGCAGCUCAACGCAGCUGGACCAAGGUCACUUCCAGCCUUUCAGGAGCUUGAUUUGAUGCUGUAGGAUCUCCAGCACCUUCAUGGAAAAGUUCCAGGCUGCCAUGGUUCUCGGAGGAGUGGGAGACGCCCUGGGAUACCGCAAAGGCCGGUGGGAAAUGUGCACCUCGGGGACUCAGAUCCAGAAGGAGCUCGCCGCUCUCGGGGGCCUCGAGGCCUUGAAGCUGGACGCUGACCACUGGCCGCUCAGCGACGGAGUCUUGAUGCACAUGACCACCGCUGAGGGCCUGAUCACCGAUUACUGGUGUCUGGAGGAUCUGUACCGGGAGCUGGUGCGGCUCUAUGUGGAGGCCAUGGUGAGUCUGCAGGGUCGAGCUCCGGAGCCCAGCACUGUGGAGGGAUGCGCCAACCUCAAGCCCCACAACUUCCUGUUAGCCUGGCACACGCCGUUCAACGAGAAAGGAUCUGGUCACGGAGCUGCGACUAAAGCCAUGUGUGUGGGCAUGCGCUACUGGCAGCCCGAGCGGCUGGACAAUCUGGUUGAAGUGAGCAUCGAGACGGGCCGAAUGACCCACAAUCACCCUAUAGGGUUCCUGGGGUCUCUGUGCACCGCGCUCUUCGCCUCAUACGCGAUCCAGGGCAAACCGCUGCAGAGCUGGGGUCGCGACCUUUUGACAGUCAUUCCCAAAGCUGAGGAAUACUGCAGGAAAACCAUCCGACACAUGGCAGAAUACCAGGAGAAGUGGUUUUACUUCGAGGCCAAAUGGCAGUUUUAUCUGGAGGAGCGAGGGAUCGAAGACGGCGAGAGUAAAGCCAUGUUUCCUGAGCCAUACGACGCUGAAGAGACAGACAAGAUGUACAAGCGCUGGAGUUCUGAAGGCUGUCCGGGCCGCAGGGGUCACGACGCUCCCAUGAUCGCGUACGACGCUCUGCUCGCCGCCGGAUCCAGCUGGGAGGAACUGUGCAAACGGGCCAUGUUUCACGGAGGUGAGAGCAGCGCGACGGGUCUGAUCGCCGGCUGUCUGUUCGGCCUGCUCUACGGGAUCAGUCCGGUUCCUGCUGGACUCUAUCAGGAUCUGGACAAAAGAGACAAACUGGAAGAUCUGGGAGGACGAUUAUACCGAGCGGCGGCAGUAGAAAGUAAAGUGCUGGACUCUGUCUGUCACCUCCUGUAUUAACAUGAAUGAGUUAAUCACACAUUCAUGCGCUUUAUGGACUUUAUUUUAGGCAACAUGAUUAUCUUAAAUGUGUAGUGGUUGGAAAAUAUACAAAAAUAAUAAAAGUUUUCUUUCUGCUUUAGAAGUAUUUUCCAUUGUUAGUAAACUAGUUAACUAUGAAACCUUGUAAGGUGAUACAAUCUUACAAAUCUGAAUAACUUGAUGGACACAAGGUGGCGCCAAACUCUUAGCUGUGCUGUAACUCAUGUUAACCUGGUAAACUAUUGACUAUUAUCAGCUGGCUGCUUAAACAUCAUCAAAUCAAAUAAAAAAUGUUUCUUUUGUUUA